AGGUUCCACCAAAAUAUGGAACUUGAUUUUGGACACUUUGACGAAAGAGAUAAGGCAUCCAGGAACAUGCGAGGCUCACGGAUGAAUGGGCUGCCCAGCCCCACUCACAGCGCCCACUGUAGCUUCUACCGAACCAGAACCUUGCAGGCACUGAGCAAUGAGAAGAAAGCCAAGAAGGUACGUUUCUACCGCAAUGGGGACCGCUACUUCAAGGGGAUUGUGUACGCUGUAUCCUCUGACCGUUUUCGCAGCUUCGACGCCUUGCUGGCUGACCUGACUAGAUCUCUGUCCGACAACAUCAACCUGCCUCAGGGAGUACGUUACAUAUACACCAUUGAUGGAUCCAGGAAGAUCGGAAGCAUGGAUGAACUGGAGGAAGGGGAAAGCUAUGUCUGUUCCUCAGACAACUUCUUUAAAAAGGUGGAGUACACCAAGAAUGUCAAUCCCAACUGGUCUGUCAAUGUGAAGACAUCAGCCAAUAUGAAAGCCCCUCAAUCCCUGGCUAGCAGCAACAGUGGCCAGGCCAGGGAGAACAAGGACUUUGUGCGUCCCAAACUGGUGACCAUCAUCCGCAGUGGGGUGAAGCCUCGGAAGGCUGUGCGAGUGCUUCUGAACAAGAAGACAGCCCACUCAUUUGAGCAAGUCCUCACUGAUAUCACUGAAGCCAUCAAACUAGAGACCGGGGUUGUCAAAAAACUCUACACUCUGGAUGGAAAACAAGUUACCUGUCUCCAUGAUUUCUUUGGUGAUGACGAUGUGUUUAUUGCCUGUGGUCCUGAAAAAUUUCGCUAUGCUCAGGAUGACUUUUCUCUGGAUGAAAAUGAGUGCCGAGUCAUGAAGGGAAAUCCAUCAGCCACAGCUGGCCCAAAGGCAUCCCCAACGCCUCAGAAGAGUUCAGCUAAGAGCCCUGGCCCUAUGCGCCGGAGCAAGUCUCCAGCUGACUCAGGUAACGACCAAGACGCAAAUGGAACCUCCAGCAGCCAGCUCUCUACCCCCAAGUCUAAGCAGUCUCCCAUCUCUACGCCCACCAGUCCUGGCAGCCUCCGGAAGCACAAGGUAUUAUGUCUCUUAUACCUUACUAAACCCCUUUGCACUGAGGGCUCCAAUCCCCUUCUUGGAAGUUAUUUCAACGGCUGGGUGAGGGUUUUCUCUUCCAUUAUACUUUAACAGGACAUCAAGGCCAGAAUUCCCCUUCCUCUGGCUCCAUUAGCUUGAAGUCCUGGGAAUAUCAGCAAAGACUAAGUCACUUUUAUUUACUUCUCUGACC